AUGAAACAAAGACUGACGGCAAUGCUCGAGGCCAGCAAAAUCAACAGCGAGGACAAUACUCCGGUCAUUAUGAUACUAACGGCACGACGUUAUCAAGACCAUCAACCGCAUGAGCAAUACUCCGGAGAAUAUGAUGCACGAUCAGAGAGUCGUCAUGAAGGACAAAAAUAUGAGAAUCUCGGCGGGUUCAAGAGACAAGAACCUUUGCAAAAUUAUGGUCGUCAUGCGAACAAUACUUUUUUCGAUUAUGAGUACCAGGACAAUGAAUAUCGCAGUGGACGAUAUUCCGGGCAGUAUUACUCAGAUAGAAGAAAUGAGAGGUACGAAGACAAUGGUCCGAUAAACGAAUACAAAGUGGAUCGAUCCGUCCAAAGCAGUAGCCGAAAAGAAGCUUACGACACUCCUGGUAGACAGGAAAAUGGUGGACGAUAUACCGAACAGUACGAUACGGUUGAUCAAAGUUCAAAACGGGAACACCUCAGUCAACGGUAUGGUGACCAUGUAUCAGAAAACAACAGUCGUACAGAAUACAAAAGUAUUAACAAUGGUGAAUCGAAAACGGAUAGAGAUUGUUGUGGCCCAUCAAAAAGUGCUGUCCCGCCAAAAUCUUUCGGAAGACAAGUACCAACUGCUAUUGUCACAAAUGGAACUUCCAACCAUAACAUUGGAGUUUCUUCGCAACCGAAAAAUGGUGAAUCGAAAACGGAUAGAGAUUGUAGUGGCCCAUCAAAAAGUGCUGCCCCACCAAAAUUCUUCGGAAAGCAAGUACCAACUGCCAUUGUCACAAAUGGAACUUCUAAUCAGAACAUUGGAACUUCUUUGCAACCGAAAGAUUCAAACUCGCCGGGAACCUCGGCACUAAGCACUUCCAAAGCUGUAUCUGAGAAUCAGACAUCUUCGAAGAAAACCUUCGAUGAGAAACAAGUCCUCAGAGUAACUCUGGAAAAUGUUAAAGUGCUUUUGACCAACAAAAAUUCGAACCCGCAAAAGAAAGUGAACGACGCAAUCUUAUUUUUGGAGACAAUGGGAUUUUAA